AUGCCACGACCCUUCCUGCGCGAGAUCGAUGCGUUCGAGCGCCUGAUCAAGUGCUGCAAGAGCCUGAGCGACGCGCGAGCGAUUCACGAGCGGCUCCUGCGCAGCCGUGUGGGCGGCGACACGCUGCUCCGAAACCUGGUGGUGGAGAUGUAUGGGCGGUGCAAGAGCAUCGACGAGGCGCGCAAGGCCUUCGAAUCCAUCCCGCAGCCCAAUGUUUUCUCCUGGAACAUGAUGAUCGCGGCCUACGCUCACAACAAUCUCACGAGCCAAACCAAGAAAAUGUUCGACACGUCGCCUGAGAGGAACGCCGUGUCGUGGAACUCGAUCCUUGCGGCAUUUGCCAGGAGCGGGCAUUUUGCCCAAUCGCAAGAAAUUUUCUACCAGAUGCCCCAGCACACAGUGGUCUCUUUGACAGUGAUGAUCGUGAUCUACGCGGACCACUCCCAGCUCCGCGAGGCAUCCGAUCUUUUCUGGAAAAUCCCCGAGCGAGACCUUGCCUGCUGGAAUGCAAUGGUCGCAGCAUUUGCCUCCAGAGGGCAUCUGGAUCAGGCCACAACGCUCUUUGACGAGAUGCCCAAGCGCAAUGUCAUCACCUGGACGGCGAUGAUCCAGGGCUUCAGCCAGUCCCGUGGCAUCGAUCGCGCCAGAGGGUUCUUCGAUCGGAUGUCCUACCGGAAUCUCUUCUCCUGGAACACGAUGCUCGCAGCGCAUUCCCAGCUAGGGCAAUGCGCCGAGUCGCGCGAGCUCUUCGAUUCCAUGGCGGAGCGCAGCAUAAUCUCCUGGAACACGAUCCUCCAGUGCCACAUCGACGCGCGCGACCUCGACCAAUCACAAGUCGUCUUCGAUCGCCUUCCCCAGCGGGACCUCGUCUCCUGGAACGCGAUGAUCGCGGCGCAUGGCGAAGCCGGGAACGUCCACUUGGCUCUUGCCCUCUUCGCCCACGUGGCCGAGGCCGCCGACGUGGUGACGUGGACGGCUGUCGUCCAGGGCCACGCGGCGAGCGGCGAUUUGCGCCAGGCCCGGGCUCUCUUCGACCGCAUGAUCGAGCGCGACAUGGCGUCGUGGAACGCGUUGAUAUCGUCGUAUGCCCAGAACGGGCAUCUGAGCGAGGCGAGCUCCUUGUUCCACAAAAUGCCGCAAAACCAUUUUCUGGCCGCAUUUGCGCUUAUGACCGCACACGCGCAAUCCGGGAAUCUUUCCCGCGCACGUGCCGUAUUCGAUUCCAUCCCCGACCCAGAUUCCGCGGCAUGGACAGGAAUAACUUCCGCAUAUGCCGAGUCCGGGGAUCUUUCUGCCGCGAGAGCCCUUUUCGAGCGAAUGCCUGAGAGGAAUCUCGCGGCGUGGAACGCGAUGAUUGGAGCAUACUCGAGAAACGGCCUAGGGCAAGAGGCCCUCGCGCUGUUCGACUCAAUGCGGCUGCACGGCGAGAGGCCAGACGAUAUCACGUUCGUGGAGGUGAUCAACGCGUGCAGCCAUUUAGGGCUGGUGGAUCGAGGCUGCGAGGCGGUGAGGCUGAUGAACCACGACUAUCACGGCCAGAUGCCCACCAGGGACCAUUUUUGCUGUACGGUCGACUUGCUAGCCAGGGCUGGCCGUGUGUACGACGCCGAGGAGCUGCUACACACAAUGCCGUACUUGCCGGACAGUGUGGCGCUCAAUACACUGUUGAGCGGGUGUAAGAUGCAUGGUUACGUGGAGGCCGGGAGGAGGGUGGCCAUGCACGCGUGUAGCGUCGGCACUACCACCGCUAACAAUGGAGCGGCUCCUUUUGUCUUGCUCUUCAACAUGGUUGCGGCAAUUGAGGAUUCGUAG